AUGUCUGGAAGACGUCGUCGUUCGAACAUAGGUUGUAGUUCAGUGAAUGCUAGAAGAGUACGUUCACAAAGAGAUGAAGAAUCGUCAACAGAACGUGAAGCUCGACUCAACAACAUCCAAGAGUUAGUCAACAAAGUCUAUCCUGACAUUGAUGACAUAAGUUACAAGACAAUAUCUUGGUUUAAAGAAAGAGCGAUUCUGUCAUUAACUAAUGAACAAGUAGAUAAGGUAAAUAACUUGAUUCUUUCAAAGAUUGAUGCGCCGACGAAAAUGUACUACUCGGUGGCUACUGUUCUCGAUUUGGAAGAAGCUGUUCAUUUUCCUACAGAGUUUCUAAACUCUUUGAACCCGUCUGGACUCCCUCCUCACAAAAUGGUGUUGAAAGUAGGUUGUCCUGUUAUUUUAUUAAGAAACCUGAAUCCAACUAAACUUUGCAAUGGCACGCGUUUGCUGAUAAAAUCACUGAAAACUUUCAUAAUAGAGUGCACAAUACUCACAGGAUGUGGUACCGGAGAAGAUGUAUUGAUUCCCCGAAUCCCUCUGAUACCAUCGGAUUUUCCCUUCCAAUUUAAACGUUUACAGUUUCCGGUAAAGACAUCUUUUGCAAUGAUCAUUAAUAAAUCGCAAGGUCAAACCUUCAACAUUGCAGGUUUAGAUUUGAGCGUUGACUGUUUUUCACAUGGCCAACUGUAUGUCGCUCUUUCAAGAGUAACCUCAAGAGAAAACAUGUUUGUAUUGUCUAAUGACAAGAAAGCUGUGAACGUUGUGUAUAAAGACAUCCUGUAA